AUGGCGGGGUUUAGGAAGAUUCUUUUGUUAAAAUGUUUUCUUUCAUUAUUUGAUUUAUUUUUCUGUGAAAAACAACCUGAUACUUUGAAUGUUUUAAGCAUCCUUCUUCCUUAUUCUACGGCAGGCUCAGCUAACGUCAACUUUACUGUUUGGGCACAGAGUGGUUGUUAUAAAUGGAGUUCUUCAAGACCAGAGAUUGCCGAAAUUCGACCCGUUAUUGGUAUUUCACCAAAGAAAGGUCAAAAUGACUGCAGUCAAAAGGCUGUAGUCACAUCACAAUCAUCAAAACCUGAAAAGCAAACUGCGAUAAUUAUUGCUGAAGAGAAAGUAACUGGCAAUGUCAUUCGUGCUGAUGUAUUUGUCAACAAAAUAGAUCGUAUUCUAAUCCAAACUACAACACGUGAACUUUUACUGGGACAAUCACCAGAAGUUCUUCAAGUCUUUGCGUAUGAUGAUACAGAUAAUUUAUUUUCUUCCAUUGAUGGCCUUGUCUUUGACUGGGAACUUAUUACUACUCCUGGAUCAAUGGAUGCCUCCAGCAUAUUAAGGAUUGUCCCAUUUGCUGAAUCAAUUAAUGAAACCUCAGCUGCUAUUUAUGCUUUAGAAGCCGAGGGUUUAAGGGGCAGCAGUAUCAUUGUUGAAGGUAUAACAACAGGAACAGCACUGGUCAGGGCAAAAUUAAGUCAUCCUACUUUCCAGGAUGUAAAAUCUGACGAAGUAAAGUUAUUGGUGAUUGAUAACUUAAUAAUAAUUCCAUCGAGAGAUGUCUACAUUAUGAUAAAUACUGCUGUCAAAUACACAGUCAAAAGAUUUCGACAAAACUCUAUGAUAGAUGUCGAAAUGCCGUCAACACAAUUUGAGUUUGUUCUCAGCAAUAAAACUGUUGCAGUUCUUCAUGAGCCAUCAUCUAAUGUUAUUGGUCGUGUUCUUGGUUAUACACAAGUCACCCUUGUUGAUAAAAACAUGAAAGAUCAAAUAUCUACAAGACAACCAACAGUUGGUAUUUAUGUUAAUGAACCUGAUCAUCUAGGAUUUUCUAUCGCUUGUGGCGAUGUUUGGAUCUUAGAAAGUAAACGUGAAUAUGUUAUCACAGUGAACGUCUUUGACAAACUUAAUCAUAAACUUUAUGUUGGUGGUAACAUUCAAAUCACAACUGAAUUUCCAAAAUCCCAUUUCGAUGUUUCUUAUUCUUCUGAUAAUGGAUCGUAUCACGAGACCAAGACGUUGACCAGUGGGAAAAUAGUGCUGCAUGCUGUACUGUCUAAGAUUACGUUGUUUAUCACUGGAGAAACUGUGGUCCUCGAUCCUCCCGUUCGUGGUAAACAAAAUGUUAUUAUUUAUAAUCCUGUCACCGUGACACCUGCUGUUUUGGCGUUUCCAUGGAUACCAAAUGGUAGUGAUCAUUACAAAUACCAACUUGAAGCCACAGGGGGGAGUGGACAAUACUCAUGGUCUUCUGAUGCUACGACCAUUGCAAGUGUCAACAUUCGAGGUCUUCUCACUACGACCGCUGACACAGGAUUCACCAUUGUGAAGGCUCAUGACACUGAGAAUUUAUUGCAUUAUGGUCAAUCAAAGGUUUAUAUAUUGCCUCCGGACAACUUAAAGUUUGUCCCCUCGAGAGUUGAAGUUGAAAUUGGUACAAAGUUAAAGAUUCCUCUGGCUGCUGCUGCAUUUUAUUUACCAGAAAGUGAUGAUUUAUUGUUUUUUGAUGAUUGUCGCAAAAUGAACCUUACGAUAUCUGUUACUGAUCCUUCAAUAUUUCAAGUACUUGGAACAUCAGAUGAGUUUGAUGAUAUUAUUACUCCUGGUUGUACAUCAGUGUACCUGAAAGCUUUGCGUCAAGGAUAUGUCAUUGUCACAGCUGGAUAUCAAUAUAAAAAUAUUAAUAUCAAAGCAACUGUUACAGUAGCUGCGUAUUUACCACUUAAAGCUAUCGAUCCUGUUGACAUUGCUGUUGUCACCCUUGGUUCAGCAAAGAACUUCAUCAUACAAGGUGGACCUCAACCUUGGGUUCAUGAUAGAUCAACACAUUAUGAGAAAGUGAAUUCUGAGAAGUUAGCUCUGAUCUCAAUAAGAACUGAUGUGAUACCACAACAUCCGUUCGGCGAACAAAGCUCUCUACAUUAUUAUCACGUGACUUGUAAGGAGCUCGGGGAACAAAAUAUUGUGGUUACAAUUGGCAAUAAUCCAUCAAAAACUAAUAACUAUCCAGCGAGCUCUAAUAUCACUUUGAGAUUUGCCUGCAUGAUACCUGCCACCCUCAACUUGGAACCUGAUGUCCAACUACCCGAGAUCACGGAUCGUACGUUCAGUUUACAGGAUUGUCAGAGUCCUAAUAAAGAGUUCCACGUACGAAGUCCUCAAGAUCUGAAACUUCGUAUUUCAUUGAGAGACAAUAAAAAUCGUUUGUUUGAUAAUUUCACAUCACUUGAAAUUAUUUGGACAAGCAGCAACUAUGACAUGGCUUCAUUUGAUCGCAGUAACGAAACUGACAUUGAAAUGACUUAUGAAGAAGAUAUGUUUGGUCCGUACAUGAAAAUGAUUUCGUAUCAAGUUUGCCAGUUAAAAGUGAAGCAAGGCUCGGUGACCAUAAAAUCAACUAUCAUGAAGUAUCGUGUCGUUAUACUACGGAAUGCGGGCGUCGGUGAUGAGGAAAAUUUAAAGAAACAUCUAAGUGCGUCAAUAAAACUUUCCUUGACAAGUGAUAUACGUAUUGAACCUACACAAGCUGCAAUUUUUAACCAUCCAUUCAAUAAGGUGGAAUUGAGGAUAUUUGGAGGCUCUGGAAAAUAUCAAGUAAAAGGAAGUGAUGAUGAUAUUGCAAGUUUAUCUUCUCUAAAAUCAUCUGUAAAAAUAACUCCUAAAAUGACUGGAAUCUAUACUCUCACAGUUUAUGAUCAAUGUCUUGAUUCUCCUAAUCCUGCUAUGGCAAAUAUAAGGAUAUCGGACAUUGACCGUAUUCUCGUUACUGUUGUGGAUAAGGUGGAAUUAGGUCACGUGAUCAAUUGCUCUGUGAUGGUUAUUGAUGAGUUGAAUAACCCACUAUUGGUCAGUCAACUGGAUCUUCUCAAUCUUACACCACGGCUUUCACGUGAUCUCGUUAAUGUAAAAUUAAGUGGAAAAAGUGGACUGGAUACGACAUUGUAUAUUUUACGUGGCGUUGCUAUUGGAAACACAAUACUCACGUAUACAGCUCAUCCAGCUAAUAAACCUCAAAUUACCAGCGAACCGAAACAUGUUCAGGUAUUUCCUCCAUUAAAACUCGACCCCAGGUACAUUAUUCUAAUUCCUGGUGCUACGUUUCAACUGAUCGCCACAGGUGGUCCUUAUCCUCAAGUGACAACAUUGUUUAACAUAAAGAACGAUUCAGUUGCAUCUGUAAGUAGUGUUGGUCUUAUUACUGCCCGAAUACCUGGUAAAACAUUUGUUACGGGAUUGGUGGAGGCAAAUGACCCGCAAUCAGGUCACGCCAUCAUAUUUUCAGAGGAUCACGUGAUCGUAGAAGUGAUACGUCUUACUGGUAUAAAGAUAUAUACGCCCUCCAGUAAUGUGGUCACAAAUACUGAGACGGCAUUAAGAGCUGUGGGACUGAAUGAUGAAACUCCGUUUAGUUUUGGAAAUAUCAUUCCUCAUCUUGAAUUCCAUUGGAGCUCUAGUAAUAUCGAUGUAUGUAAAUUAAAGUCUCUAUAUGAUAAGAGUGGUGUUACGGUGGAUUAUGAAAGAGCAUUUCGUGUUGUAUUAUCAUGUAAACAUCCUGGUGAAGUUAUCAUUAAACUAAAAGCUGUCUUUGCCGAUCCUACUUAUGAGCAAGCGAUACUGACCGCUGACCUUUUCGAUGACGUCAGAAUACAGGUGUUUGAAAAAUUACAGCUUGUUGUGCCCAGAAAUGGUCACCUGUUGCUUCCUCAUGACGUCACUACAAGAAUUAAGACAAAUAGAGAUGGUGGCAGACUUUCUUACAGUAUAAUGAACGUUUGUUCUCAAUCACGUGACAAAGACUCCCAAGCACUGCUGACCAUCGAUCAUCGCGGACAUGUUAAGACCGGAAUGAUAUCCGGAACGGCAGGAAUUGUCGUGACGUCAAGAGAGGAUUUUGGAGUUAACCAAACUGUCGUAGUCCAUGUUGAGGUAAAGUCAGUGUUAUCUAUCUCAUUGGAGCCUUUAUCUUCAGUUUAUACUUUGUUUGAGAAACAUCACGCGUUUCCUGUUGGCAUCACUGCUAUAUUUUCCAUUUCUCUUCAUGACAACAUUGGACGAAAGUUUGAUUCUGCUAAUGUUUACGUAAAACAUAGACUGAACAGGUUUGAUUCCAUUCAUGUUACACAAGGUCAAGAUAAUGGCACUUAUUCAAUACGCGCUCAUAAUGAUGGAGAAGCAAUUUUGAAUGUUUGGUUAGUGUCAUCACCGCAUAUUGUGGAUUUUAUUCAUCUUAAAGCUACUGAAGCCAUCACUCCAUUUACUCCUAUAUAUUAUCUUGGAGAGAUGAUUUGUUUUAAAGAAACCGUCAUCGGCGAUGAAGAUUCUGGUGUUUGGUGGACAUCGAAAGAAAACGUGCUUAAUAUAGAUGGAGUAACAGGAGUCGCUAUGGCUACAGGAAGUGGAAAUACUCUAGUUUAUUACAAUGCAUCGUCAUGGCAACCAACGUAUAUUGAAGUUAAAGUGGUUCUAUCUGAUGUUGAUAUUUAUAUUGAAGACAUAAAAACUAUCUCUAACUCACUAGGUCCCAAUAUUAAUGGUAGUUAUUUGGUUCGUGUUGAUUUUGCUUCUCAACGAAAAACUCCGCUGACUGGCUGUUCUGAUGUCAUCAUACAAAAUGAGCCUGCAGCAUCCAGUGUUGAGUUUCCGUUUUCUUGCUCUCUGUCGUUUGAACAUUUCACCAGUUUAAGUGUGAACAAUGUUUUUUAUGUGAAACCAGGUUAUAAACUUGGCAAGAGCGCGUGUUUCAUUUUCACAAGAACUUUAAGUAAAGAUGACGCAAUUCUUCUUACGUCAUCUCAACCUAACCUCAUAAUAACUGUUACUUUAAGCGAUAAAGAUAACGCUGCUUACAAGAAGUCCAAAAGUACCGAACUUGACUUUUAUCCUUCUUUUGUUCUUGAAAAGCACGAAGUAUUCCUUUCAGCUUUAUCUCCUGUUGUUACUGUUAAAAUAUUUGCAAGUGAUGACAUGAUGAAGAGUUUAAAGGUUUCUGUUUCUUCGUCGUUGAUCUCUGCAAAUAUUCAUUACGGAAAUGUUGCAUAUGUGGACAUUUCAUUGGUUGACACAAAGAUAUCGACGCUUGAUGAUGUCACGAUUGAAAUCAACAGUGAUUUAACUUUUCAAUCGGAAACAGUUACAAUUGUGUUCCAGUCCACCAAACCGACACCCGCUGCCAGUCUUAACACUAACAAUGUAAAAGAACAAUGUCUUGGACCAGACUGUCAAAAAUCAUCUAUUUUCACCCUCUACUAUGCUUUGCUUAUUUUGUUGACUUUAUUUAUAAUUUUAUUGUUAUUUUUUGUGUGUCGACCUGUUCAAAGAAUUCCACCUCCACCCAGAACGUCACCAUACUUAUAUCAAAGUCCUCAUCCUAAUCGUACUUUUAUGGACGGUACUUAUAGUCAGAGUAAUGUCAGUCCUGGUCGUCGUAGACACUCGCCAAUACUCGGUCGUCGAACUCCUGGCUCAUCGCCAAGAGGACUAUUUAGUGUCACUCAAUAACCAAUGGAGAUGAAGAAAUGAAUAUAAUUCUUCAGUCGUAAUAUAAAGUUACAAAAUGACAUCGUUGUAUUAUAAUUUUUGUGAGAUACUUUUCUAACCAAAUUAUUUUUUAUAGGUGAUUAAGAUGUUUUUCUUGUGAACAAUUUGUAUUUGUGUAGCAGCAAAUCUCCAAUGAUUGAUAUUUGACGUGUUGAACGAGCUCAUUUAAAAA